AUGACGUCACUCAAGCAUGGCGUCAACUUAAGCCGGAGGGCCUGCAGGCGAGCGUUUGGUCUCUUCACCGCUGCUGCACUUUUGACUGUCGCCAACACAAAUCCUAUUGAAAGUACGACAAAAUCGAGUCCGUCCAUUGCAGUAGAUGGGAUCUCAACGUAUCCGGGGCUUGGCUUUGGGCCCAUGGGUCCUGUUGCCCCUUUACCCGGAGAGCCGCCGGGGACCCAGUUGCGUCAGAAGCAAGAAAUCACAACAGCUACCCCAUCAACAGAAGAGCCCAAGAAGGAAAGAACCCUUGUAAUAGCAGCGUUUGAAUUUCAUCGUGUAGAAACACCAUUCUUGAUUGGAUUAUGGAUUUUCUUUGCGAGUAUUGCCAAAAUAGGUUAG